UGACAUACCAACAUACCUUGGCUAUACAUUCUUUUCCCUCUCUCUUGUUUUUCACAAAACAAAAAAAUGUUCAUUGUUUCCAAUUCAUCUUCUUCUUGAGAGAAUAUCCACCUAAAAAAUUCUUCUUGAGACAAUACACAGAAAAAAAACAACAACAGCAAAAACAAAAACAAAUAUGGCAGGUGGUUCAUUUGAUGAUGAGUGUGAUUACCUAUUUAAGGCUGUUUUAAUCGGAGACUCGGCGGUUGGAAAAUCAAAUCUUCUCUCCAGGUUUGCCAGAGAUGAAUUUUAUUUGGAUUCAAAGCCAACCAUCGGAGUCGAAUUUGCCUAUCGGAACAUCAAGGUUGGUGAUAAACUCAUCAAAGCUCAGAUAUGGGACACUGCAGGGCAAGAAAGAUUUAGAGCCAUAACUAGUUCAUACUACCGUGGAGCACUAGGCGCCUUACUAGUCUAUGAUAUAACUCGCAAAGGGACAUUUGAGAAUUUGAAGAAAUGGUUAUAUGAACUUAGAGAGUUUGGUAAUCCGGACAUGGUGGUGGUUCUCGUUGGCAACAAAUCCGAUUUAGCUCAAUCGAGAGAAGUUAGCUUAGAAGAAGGGCAAAGCCUUGCGAAGCUAGAAGGCCUAUUCUUCCUAGAAACGUCUGCACGUGAGAAUUUGAAUGUGGAAGAAGCAUUUCUACAUAUGAUCACUAAGAUCCAUGAAGUUGCAAGCCAAAAAACCCUAGAAGCAAAGACUAAUGGUGAUCACAAAAUGCCAACACUUCAUGGAGGGAAGCAAAUCAUCAAUGUUGAUGAAGUAUCUGCCACUAAACAUACAAGUUGUUGUUCAAAUUGAAACAAAAUAUGUAUUUUGUAUUUUUGGAGACAGUGUGGUUGAAAGAAGGAAACGGAAAAGAGGGGAGAAAAAUGGAAAAGAAGUAAAAUA